AUGAAUGAAUCAUUACUCUGGAUUGAUGAAAAUCUCACCUACCGUCAUGACACAAACACAGAAGUCGAUAUUUUACCAGGAUACUUCGACAAUGACGUCAGCGUAAACAAUUCUUCCCUUGCCUCAGCUAAUAUUACCUCGUCAACAAGUUUAUUUAUAACUAAGGUUAUAGUAAUGAUUCUGAUAAUAACAGUAGCAGUUCUGGGUAACAGUUUAGUUAUUGUGAGUAUAUCAAUUCACCGCCGUCUUCAUUGCCCAGCAAAUUAUUUAUUAGUUUCAUUAGCCACCGCCGACUUGUUGGUGGCGUUGUGUGCAAUGACUUUCAACUUGUCGGUCGAACUCUCUGGUGGUACGUGGCACUUCGGGUACAUCAUGUGCGACGUUUGGAACUCGUUCGAUGUAUAUUUUUCAACUGUCUCUAUAAUGCAUUUGUGUAGUAUAAGCGUUGAUCGAUAUUACGCGAUCGUAAGGCCUCUAGAGUAUCCGCAGACGAUGACUAACAACAUGUUGUCGUACAUGCUUUGCCAAGCAUGGCUCGCACCAACGCUCAUAUCAUUUGUUCCUAUCUUCUUGGGAUGGUACACUACAGAGGAUCACCUCAAGGAACUUCUAAUGAAUCCAACCCGAUGUACUUUCAAAGUCAAUGCAGUUUACGCUGUCAUGUCUUCGACAUUUUCGUUCUGGCUGCCAUGCGCGGUGAUGGCUGUUAUGUACUUUAGGAUUUUCCAAGAAGCACGCAAGCAAGAACGGGCAAUGUUAACCCGAGCUUCUUCAUCAGCGAGUUCAGCAGCUGCUCGACUUAACGGUACUCCUGCCGACCCAAAGCACAUGCUGCUGGCGGCCUUACAAGGGGUUCCGUUGGCAGCUACGCCCACCCACCAGGAAUUCAUUAUGAAAAGUUUAACGGAAUCUCCAGGCCGCAACUCAGCCACGUCCUCAAGUUGCAGAACCGGAGGAGACAGUGGCCGAACCAACAGCCGAAGAGGAACUAAUAGCACUGCCUCGUCAACUCCAGUUUUAUGGCCUGGAAUGGUCGCCACUCCCAAAAGAAACGCGUCUUCCUCAUCAAGUGCAGCAGCAAAUUCUGCUGGAAAAAGAGAACACAAAGCUGCCAGGACCCUAGGCCUCAUCAUGGGCGCUUUUGUCAUGUGUUGGCUUCCAUUUUUUACCUGGUAUGUUAGCACGAACGUGUGCGGUCCCAAAUGCUUCUGUCCACCAGAAGUGGUGACUGUGGUUUUUUGGAUCGGAUAUUUCAAUUCUACGUUAAAUCCUUUUAUUUACGCUUAUGUAAGAGCUGAUUUUAGGCAUGCUUUUCGAAAUACUCUAACCCGAUGUUGUAUACUUAGACACCCGACAGACUUCGUAUGAGCUGUCAAUUUAUCGAAAUUUUAAUCGUAACGAAAUUGCAAAUUGCAAUCUUUGUAAUAAGAUUAAAGUUCAUGAAUGAUGGAAUAAUAAUUAAAUCAGUUUAUUUCAUUACUGAUAUUCUUCCCAUGUCUGGUAAAGUAACGUAUUUCUGUAUUAACUUGCUCCCAAUGAGGGAAAAUAUUCUCUGUAUUAUAUUAUGUCUUUUAUCGAUGUUUAAAAAGAUCUCACACAUUUUAUUUGCUCGGCACGAUUGCAGUAAUAUUUUCCAGCACGGAAAAAUUUUUCGUUGGGCCAAAGGCUUCAAAAGGAAUUUUAAUUCUGCCGUAAGAUAAUAUUACUCACGGGACAUUCAACCUCCAAGUUUAUAACCCAAUUAAACCGACUUCAUUGUUGACCGUAUUUCUUUGUAUGAUAUUUCGCAAUACUGCUGUGCUAAGUGUCGGUGUCGAUUCAUAGAGUUUCACAUUUACUGGUGUCAAUAUUUCAAUUUAAGAAGUAAGUCAAGAUGUGAGGAUGCAAAUUAAAUC